GUCUUUCCAAGGCGCCUGCGCUAAACCGGCUUCUCGGCGCCAUUUUGUCUGAGCGGUGGUGGUCGCAGCUCUAUCGCAUUUUUAUGUUUCUGGCGAGAGGAGAGCCGAGGCUUCAUCCCAUAGAUUCAUUUUAGUGCGGCACCUAUCCGCCGUUCACUCCAGGACAGCACCUAGUGAAGGUCGGAGGAGUCGCGGACUUGUCAAAAAGGUCGGUUGGAAGCUGUGGUUGUCCGAGUGACUGGGGGAUGGCGCAGCUUUAGCGGCACCGGCACCGGAAGUGGACGGGCCGCGCGGCGGCCAUGGCAAAUUGGUCUGAAGAAAACAAGACUUUCAGUGACAUAUCCUAAGUAUCACUGAGAAUAAACCUCAUUUUGUGGGAAAAUGAAGGAAUAUGUUCCAGUUUUAGAAGACCUGGAUCUGCUAUUGAAAAUUGUAUUUCUGGACUCAAUUACUGGAAUUGUCAACUUUGCUGAUUUAUGUGCACAUUUCUCUUCCACUAUGAGCAGACCAAUUGCACUGCACAUUUGUCUGGCAUUCUGUAGCCUUGUACUUGUCAACUUUGCCACACAAUGUGUGGCCUUCCCCAAAAUGGAAAGAAGGGAGAUAGCACAUGUUCAUGCAGAAACAGGGCAGCCUGAGAGGAUGAACACAGAUGACCUAGAAAAUAACUCUAUGACUUCAAAGUGCACUCCCCAGUUGGUGGUCUCUGAAGAUCCAGUGAUGGUGUUAGCAGGACCAUCAGCAACGUCAUUAAAUAAAGUAUUUCCUACUAGCAAAGAAGCCCAUCCAGUAGGAGCUGGACUCAUGCAGCCUAACAGCCCCAGCAUUUACACAGCUACUGAGACAGUGGUCCCUGCCGAGGAGGAAAUGUUUGUUUCCAGCCAGCCAGAGAGGGUGUCUCCUGAAAGCCGACUUUCCAAGGCCAUGCUAACCAAUCCUAUCCCUGCAACUGCAUCUCUGAGUGUCGAUGAGAAGGAGGAACGCUUGGGUAGUACCAUCAUUCAGCCCAUCGUAGAAGGGACCACAGAGGCAACACAGGGUUUUCUGAGCUAUGUGGAUGAUCAGUUGUUUGCAACUGAAAGUCAGGAAAGAAUUAGUCUGGGACAUUUACCUUCAUCUGAUAUGAAUACUAAAGGAAUGCUAACCACCAAUCCCAGGACUGAGAAAUUUGAAGCAGACACAGAACACAGGGCAGCUUUUUUCCCCGGUGCUGAGCCCGUAGUGGGCACGGAGCCUGGAAGCCCCAUGCCCGAGAGGGAGAAGCCUUCGCAGAUGACAGCUGAUCAUACCCAGACUGCUGACAUCAAGCACUGGCUCACAACCUCUGAGUACACCCUGAGUGUUGAGCCAGAAACUGACAGGCUGCUGGGAGCCCCAGGAGUCCCAGUGAGUGUCAGCACAGCUGUUCCAGCUGCCUCUGUCGGCAGUGAUGAGUGGGAUGGCACCAAGUUAGAGAGUGUAAGCCAGAUAAAGACCCCAAAGCUUGGAGACAACAGAGAGACUCAGGUGGGAACGGAAAUGUCUCAGACAGCCCAAGAAACCGGUAAUGACCCUAUGGAAGGUAUGGAAGAGGGCAAACCUAUGACUGAGGCUGCAGAGGUGGUUCUGGGGCUCCUGGAAGGGGAAACACCCAUGCAGACAGCCCUGCUAAUGGCACAUGGGGAGGCGCCUUCAUCUGCCUUCGCCGAUCAAAGUUCCUUUACUCCCACAAGUCCUAUGGAAGAUAGGAAAGUCUCUGUUGUAAGCCUCUUCCAAGAUACCCCAGACUUCAUGGAAUCCACUAGGGAAAAUGAUGCAAUGGUUUUCUUAGAGACCACUGUUUCCAUCUCAGAAUAUGAAUCUGAGGCUCAUCAACCAUUGGGAAAUACAUUGAAAGACAUCAUCACUCAAGAGAUGACAACAGCUGUUCAAGAAGCAGAAGCCACUUUAUCAUUGGUGACACAAGAGCAGCAGGUUUCUAGCCUCGAGGUUACUGGAGAAAAUUGUAAGACUGAGGAAGGAAAAGAGCCCCCCUCCACCACAUCUGGUGUUCCUGCUGUUACUCAGCUGUCCAGGAGGUGGGAGCCUCUGCCCACUACAGUUUCAACUACAGCCGUGCCUCUCUCUUUUGAAGUUACUUCUGCUCUGGAAGACCUAAUAGACACUGUCACGGGGCCAAACGAGGAAUUGUUCACACCAGUUUGGGGCUCUCCAGUGACUCCCCCUGGAAUAAUGGAGGAAGCAGCCAGCCUUUUCCCAGAGCUUCCUGAUUCUGAGGCGUCCUCGGAGAGAAGAACCGUUGUCCCAUCCAUUAGCCAUGUUAAUACAGCUGCCUCAUAUGGCCUGGACCAACUUGAAUCUGAAGAGGGAGAAGAAGAUGAGGAUGAAGAAGAUGAGGAGGAGGAAGAUGAAGAAGAGGAAGAUGAGGAGGAAGAUGAAGAAGAUAAAGACACAGAGUCCCUGGAUGAGAGCUUGGAUGGUGAUGCUGAACUGCCUGGGUUUACUCUCCCUGGCAUCGCGUCCCAAGAACCUGGCUCAGAGCAGGGAAACCUGGGCCCUUUGGAUGGAGCUACCUACCAGGUGCCAGACGCCAUCAAGUGGGAACAGCAGAAUCAGGGCCUGGUGAGAAGCUGGAUGGAAAAACUAAAAGACAAGGCUGGCUACAUGUCUGGGAUGCUGGUUCCUGUAGGGGUCGGGAUAGCCGGAGCCUUGUUCAUCUUGGGAGCGCUCUACAGCAUUAAGGUUAUGAAUCGCCGAAGGAGAAACGGCUUCAAAAGGCAUAAAAGAAAGCAGAGAGAAUUCAACAGCAUGCAAGACCGAGUCAUGCUCUUAGCCGACAGCUCUGAAGACGAGUUUUGAAUCUGACGGGAGUUUCACUGGAUAUUCACCUGUGUUAUUAUUUUACUUUUUAUUUGGGGGGCAAAAGAAGAACUGCAGCCUGCCACAUCACUGCUCUUAGGCCGUCGGGCUCAUUAUCUGCCAGGCAGUAGAUUUCUCUUGUACUGAGCAGGAAAGGCAUGUUGUAGACUCACUGUAAUAUGCCGUGCUUGUUUUUCUUUGGUAGUGAAUUUUCCACAACCAUAGGCUAUCACUCAUCAAUAUGCAGCGCACAUGUUGCUCACUAGAAGUUGCUAGGUAAAUAUUUUGUAUUUUUCCAAAGGGCCUUUCCCUUGGUUUACCUGCACUGAGCAUAACGAUUAUUGCUGCCAAGGCGUAUGUUGACUCUGAAAUCGAAAUCUUAACAGAGAAUAGCUCACAAUGACUGCGUUCGGCCCACUUGAGGCUGUAGGCUUCUGGGCCAUGGUACAUCCUACGUUUGCAUCAAAACGAGCAGCAAGUUGGAAUGAAAUCUUCUUUGUCAAGAAGAUCUCUCGGCACAUUAGGAUUAUGUGUAGAUUUGUAUCUAUCUUGCAUUCUAUACUCCAGUCUCCCAGUUUUAUUAUUUUGCAUCUUCUGUCUUAUUCUCAUUCUUGGCAGGAAAAAGAAAUGCACCAGAAAUAACGCAUUAAAUGGACUCUCAGUCUUAAUGUAAACUUGCUUUCUUAAAUAGUGUAAUUGAAUCUGACAGACGUAUCCAUAGAUGCUUACAUGUUUAUCAAUAAGAGGUGUUCUUUUUAUGUAUCAUUUGACUUUGCAAGAAGAAAUGAGGAAGAAAUCAAGAAGAAAGUGAGGCAGGUAAGCUCUCAGAGCAUUUCUAUCUGCCAUUCACUAUUGUGAAUUAUUCAGAGCAUUGCUUUGCUACUUCUGGGGGCUUGGCCAUGGAAUGAUGGGGCCACCGUUGGUUCUUAUUUGGCUUUAUUAGAAAAUGGACAUCCUGUGGUAGAUGCAGCCUCAGUGGCCAGAGUCCCAGCCUCUCUCAGGGCAUUCCCUUUUGGGGAUGUUGGCCUACGCUAGAUCAUUUCUCAUUUCUUUUGGAGUGUAAUUCCUUGCCCUAUCUUUUGAAUCUGAGUAUUUGAGUUGAAUUUUUAGGUAAAGACAUGGCUCAUUUGCAUGGAAGACUAAAGGUUCCUGGUAACACUGUCCUUACUGCUUGACACAUAGAAAACUUGUUCACAACUAUGGGAGCCUGCUCUGCUGUAUUCGAGGCAAGCUGCACAGUUAUUCCUCAGAGCUACUGUAUGGGGUAGGACAGAUGUUUUUGUUCUCUCAUUUGACUGGAGACAGAACUGAAGCAGAGAAGGGGAAUGAUUAUCCAAAAUUAUCUCCAGGAACAAUCAGGACAAGAACCCACUUGGACUCAAAACCGUGUAUCCCGAUCAUCAUUCAAUGCCCUUCCACAUACUUUGCAGGAAGCAGUGACAUUUCAGAGUCCUUCUUUAAAACCAAGAUUCUAAGGAAAUACAGGAGACCCUUGAACAACAUGGGACUGUGCUGCAUGGGUCCACUUCUACGUGGAUUUUUUUCAAGACAGUACAGUACUGUAAACAUGUUUUCUCUUCCUUAGGAUUUUCUUAACAUUUUCUCUUCUCUUGCUGACUGAUUGUAAGAAUACAGUAUAUAAAACAUUUUAUAUGUGAAA